AACACGUGCGAAUAAAGAGCUAACCCUUCACCCGAAGCCAUAGCCACAGAGCUUGAAACUCCCUCAUGCUUUCGAUUCAAAUCGUGCCCCUUUUUCGUUCGAUCACCAUACGCUUUUCCGGGAAAAUUUCUUACCCCGAAGGAAAGUAAAUGAGAGUGAGGGAAAGUUUUGACAGGAAUAAGAAUGCAUUCUCUGAGUCUUAAAGUUUUCGCUGAUUUUAACGGUAAGGUGACGGCGACGGGGUGUAUGGCGUCGGGUCGAGGUAGAUAUGGCGUCUCGGAAUUGGAGUUCGGGACGAGAAGGUUUGUUUAUGGAGGCGGAGAUUCGAAUUGGAGGGGUUGUAGGAUUACGGCGAGUUCUUCGGAUAGGGAUGCCAAUGGCGGAGGAAGAAGUCGGAGUUCGAGCUCGAGCUCGAGUUCGAGUACCGAGUCUAGCUCGUUUCUUUCUCGGAGCCAAACUUAUGCUCUGUUGAAGCAGCAAAUGGAAGUGGCGGCAAAAUCUGAGGACUAUGAAGAGGCUGCGAGGAUUCGCGACUUGUUGAAGUUAUUCGAAGAAGAGGAGCCGGUUUUGCGACUAAGAAGGUUGAUUAAGGAGGCAGUUGCAGAUGAAAGGUUCGAGGAUGCAGCUAACUAUCGCGAUGAGCUGAGAGAAAUUGCACCCCACUCUCUUUUGAAAUGCUCAAGUGAUGCAACAACCUUGGGAAUCAGGGUUCAAGUGAGGAGUGUGUAUAUUGAGGGCCGGAGUCAGCCUUCAAAGGGUCGCUAUUUCUUUGCAUACAGAAUACGAAUUACCAAUAACUCGGAACGCUCUGUGCAACUUCUUAGAAGACAUUGGAUUAUAACCGAUGCCCAUGGAAAAACUGAGAAUGUCUGGGGGAUUGGUGUUAUUGGUGAACAGCCAGUUAUACUUCCUCGAACCAGUUUCGAAUACUCAUCUGCGUGCCCAUUAUGCACUGCCAAUGGCAGAAUGGAAGGUGAUUUUGAGAUGAAACACACCGAUAAGGUAGGCUCACAAUCCUUUAACGUGGCCAUUGCCCCAUUUUCCCUUUCCAUACUUGGAGAUGAUGAUGAUAGUUUUUGAAAAGUGAAUGGCCCCAGGAAUCUCUUUUGUAAAUUUUGUUAGAGAAUAGCAGAAAAAACUAGCCAUUACUUAUAUUCUGCCCUAUAUAAAAUUAUACAAAUUUACCAGGAGUACAUAAUCGACUUUACUUGUUGGUCUAAAUGAAGAAAAAAAAUUCAAACAUUAUGUGAUAAACUCAGGGAAGGUCAUUUUGUAAAGAGACUGUAUAGCUUUUGUGAAUGUUUCGUUUAAUGAGAUCUCAAUAGUAUGUUUGACGUUAUAAA